GAUUCAAGUGCUCUGACUGCUGCUGGUGUCCUGGAAUCGAAUCGCCUGCAUGACUUGCGGAACGCACGAACCGAAGAAUUGAACCACUUGAGGAAGGGAGCUAAGGCGCGGUGGGAAGUGAUCUAGAUUGUUCCGAAACACUGUUGGCUAUGUCUGGCCACGGUCGUUCGGUGUUUGUGAACUCGUGCAUCAAGAAGCCGCUCAGUCCAUCGAGCAAGCGGCCGAAUCCUUCCUUCCUGGUGCCCCAGUGCAGUCUCGACCGUGGGCUGCAGGACUCACGCACGCAGGACGCCAUGAGUACGAUCACGCGCAAAAAGGCGGCCUCCAAGUGUCCGCUGGCCCGGAAUGGCCAUUAUCGUCGUACGCGAUGCUGCUCCCUAACGCACCAGCUACGCAAGGAAACGGACAACUUCCAGACGAUGGUACAGUUCUACGACAGUAUUCCGGAUUACAACGAUUUGCUGCAUCUGCCCCGCGAUGAGUUUUACUGUCGAUUGAACACCCUGAAGAAGAAGCAACGGGAACUCAAGUCCAUUUGUUUCGCGAGCGAUCUGGAUGGCAGGAAAGAUGGAACGGUUCAUCCGGCCGACGAAUCCACUGGCACUAGCAGGACACACGGUCCGGAGAAGUAUAACGUUUCCGGUGAGAGUGAUAUCCGACACGAAAGUACUGCUGGGCGUGGACGGAACCCAGCUGAAACUCGGGAAGAAAAGGAGCGCAGUGAACAGGGAUCGGAUGAUGGUGAUUCCUUGCACUCUUGGAGCAAGUCGCCUCCGACGGUGGUGGAUGCCACUGAGGCUAGUGGUAGACCGACGGGUGUGCUAAGGAAAGGAUCGGCCAAAUCGGUUCGUAUCGAGAGCCACAAGGAGGAUAACCUUAGCGAUGUGCUCGGUGAAAGCAGUCAACGUUAUCGUCGAUCCGGUACACCUUACGUGUCCGAUCCGGACGAGAGUGCUGCCACGACGACGACCGCGACAACCAAGAACGCCUCGCCUUGCGCCACACCACUUCAUUCGGAUUUCAUGGAGCGUUACGAUCGGUACGUGAAACGAAACCUACGUUGUAAAUCGGCCAGCCCGAUCCGGAAUCUCGCCAACAUCACCGUACCGCAACCGUACAAGAUGACCCAGCGGGAGGAAGAGCAAAGGACAAUGCAGGAGUUGCUGCUGAGCAGCCAAGCUGCGUUUCCUUCACGGGAAACACUGCCGGAAGCUGCUGCCAACAAGCAACAAUCUCAGUUCCGUGCCCAUCCUGUACCAAUCACUUCGCGCAUACCCCUCUUUGAUACCAUCAUGGCUGAUCAAGAGUAUCGGAACCGGUUGGCGAAGCUCAAUUCCGAGAUCGAGCUACAAUCUCAGAUGAAACCGUUCCAGUUCUCCGAGCGGUUGAAUCGAGGAAAUAAUCGGUGUCUUAGCCGGAGCCUUUCAUCGCCGGCGCUUCUUAGCACUGGGCUGGAUGGUCCAGGGCAUACGUUGCCCCGUACUACCUUCAAGGCGAAACCUUGCCCAAAGAAGCUGUUCAGUAACUACUUCUACACGAAGGCCUGGGAGGAUGAGUACUUUCGCCAUCUCAACAAGCGUAUUCGAGCCGAAGAGAUGCUCCGACAGGCGACCCUUCCACCGUCGAUGGCACGACGUGAACGUAAUGAGCGGAAGAACUGCCUUUCGCGCCACUCGACCGGACCCGCGGAGGACACCGCCAAGGAGCCAAGGCCUAGCAGUGGCAAGGGCAAGUCGAAACGUAAACGGAAGGUACGUAAAGCGAGCAAACGGCGGAAAAGUAUCGAGGAGAAGUGCGCCGAAUAUUUUGCCUCCGUAGCCGACCCGGCCAUGAUACCAUAUCCGACAAGCAAUUCCAGCUGUAGUACGGACAAUAACCGGGGCUCUGGUGACACACCGGCCCCGAUAUACCCCGUCAACCGUCCCAACCUAGCAGCUACGCUACGAACCGAAUGGUGCCGUAAAAAAUUAAGAGAAAUGGAGCUCGACGAGUCGAUGGCGGAUAAGAAGACGGUUCCACGGUGCCGGUGGGGAGUGAAAAAGUCACAAGCAUUUCAGAAUCUGAAUUUAGACCAUACGCACCAGGAAGAGCUGAACCUGCGGCUCGCAACAAGGCGAGCUGAGCAACGGUUACGCCAGGAGGAACAUGCCAUCAAUAUGGAACUGAUGAGACAACGAGUCAAGGCGGCUCCACUACUGCUGGAAGGACCCCCGCAAUGGGGUCCCCGGUUAGGUCACGUGGCACAUCGAUGUUCCAGCUUGAACCGAGAACCGGAAAAUGCACUGAACCGGAAGCUCGAAAAACCGACAAAGAUGCAUUCGCUAAAGCUAUCUAACUCCUCGGGUGCAGCUGCAGCUGGUACAACGGCCAAGAAGUGUGAAUCACCAUCAACGAGCUGCACUACCGCCACUAGCUCCAUCGGUCACGGCAAUAGUCGAACGGUGGUACAGGAGCGAAGCCGGAAACAGCGGACGGCCGAAAGACGGCGGAAUACGGGGAACGGGAGCAAACUGAGUAGCUAUUCCUUUGACUCAACGGGCAAGCACAGCUACAAGCCCUGCGACAGCGAAUUGCUUAGUUUGUCCGAUAUCUAGGUACUAUGCUGGAUUGCGCAUCGGUAGGGUAAUGCUAAAAUCAACCGAGUAUCGAUUUAUAAAAAUGCACAAUCAGAUCGUUGUUGAUAAGCAGGCGCCAAUCCCGAAUAAUUGUCGCACUACACGGGAGUGCUUUAGUGUCUAUCGAUUCUCGACAUUGCAUCUGGUAUGUGUGUGGCCGUUUCGGUUUGAUUUCAUGAGCUGGGGUCAUUCGCAACAAAUCGUUUUUCUCGGAUUAGAUCAAAAGUGUAGUCAAAUUGAACGUGUGUGAUGUGUACAAU